CCCAUCUCCUCCAUGAAAAGAUCCCCACCUUCUCCCGACCCUUCUUCUCUCCUCGCCUUCGGCUACUCCAAGAUCUCUCUCCCUCUCCACCCCCACCACCACCGCCCCGUCCUCCGCCGCUGCAUUUCCGACCCCUACUCCCCUCCUCCUCCUCCGCAGACCGACCCGUUUCACUCUCCCGAUCUCAACAAGGCUUCUUCCCCCUCCCCGUCCCAAACCCACUUCAACUCCUCCCUCCCGCCACUCCCGCCGCCGACCCACCGCCGCUCCGUCUCCGAACUCAACCCCUCUCCGGCCAAGAGCUUCUCCCGCUCCCCCAGCUUUAAUGAGAUGUCCUUCGAGACUGACCCUGAUACUCCCAAUUCCAAGAGGCUGAAGAGGAUGAAGGGUCGACUGAAGGAGAUGACUGAGUGGUGCAGGCAGCUCAUGCGUGAAGAAGAUAUGGAACAAGAUGAAGAACUCGAAAUCGGAGCCACUCAAGAUAUGCCUGACAUUGAUGCUAUCCAAGAUGUUCCCAAUGAUACUUCUACUGAGGAUAGCAGUGAGAAAGAAUUUUCAGAAUCUGUGAGUGUGGAGAAGAAGGAUGACUCUCUGGUCAUACACUUCAGGUGCCACUGUGACAAAGCUUAUCAGUUCCUUCUCAAUGGAAGUGACUGCUACUACAAGCUCUUGUAGAUCACCAUUCACACACUUGGGGUCCUUUCCGUAACAUACGAAUUCAGUCACACCAUUAUCUGUUUUAGACCAUACCCUUUUAGAUACAGCACUUAAAGUUUCUAGGAAAAGAUUCUUUCGAGAUGAAAUCUACAUCUUUUACGGGGCUUAUAUACCUUCGAACUUCUUUAGUGAUACCUGUAGAUAAUACCAAUUCACAAAAUAGUGCUCAUUCUUUUGUUUUGCCCAAGAGUUUUUCUUUUGUAAAACCCAUUUCAGAUGAAGCAUUCACGGU